CUGAACAGAAAAGUAUACCUAGGCUUGCAUGACAGUGCUUCAUAUCCAGAGCCAGAUUCCAGGGAUGAGCAGCGUGUCCGGGAGUAUAUGAUACAGAAAUAUGAACACAAGCGUUGGUAUGUGGCUCCGACAGACACAAUGAAGGAAGCAGCUAAGUUGGCCAAUGAAGCAGCGCUUAAUAAUAAACCACAGGUGAAGCCUUUCCGCUCACAGCUUGGUGAGAAUGCUGCCAAGUUCACAUCUACAACUGCUCAGUCGGUACCAGCUAUUCAUGCUCCAGUACAAGUGUCAGUACCCCUUCCUGGAGGUUUUAAACCUCCGUCACAGAUUCAGGCACCAGCCACCACGACAGCCAGCAAGGCAUCAUCUGGGUUUGACCUCUUUGGAGACUUUGGUAGUGAUCCUUUUGCAUCCAGUUCCACUGGUAGCAACCCUAAUGAAAAUGUUGAUGGAUUUGCAGACUUCAGCAGCUUUGACAGCGUGAGUUCCAGUUCUACUCACCAGCCAGCAACAACACAAGAAGUUCUUCCAUCUCCGGCAUUUCCAAUUGCCUUUACUCCACUUCAGCCUGCAACAAGAGGCCAAGCUUUAGCUGCGACAGCUCCCAACCAGCCCACAGCCCAAGCAGUUGCAUCAUGGGGAGACAAGUAUGCUGCUUUAGCAGACCUGAACAGUGCAUUCUCUGCUCCUGUCACCACGGCAACAGCCAUCAGCUGGGGAGGGUCUGAUGGAGGAGCUAUCAACUGGGGAGGUUCAAGCAGUUCUGGAGGCACAACUUCUCAAGGUGGACUGAGCAGUGGCUGGGGUGUCAGUAGUGCUUCUAAUGGUGGCAUCAGUUGGAAUGGGCAAGGCUCACUUGCUGCAUCUGCUGCUCCUCACAGUGUGGUUGCAGCUCCUUCUAGUGCUACAAACCCAUUUGCUGGAGUCCCAUUGUCAGGGCCACCUUCAUAUGCUGUUUCUGCUGCCACUGUUAAUGCAAAUCCCUUUGGGGGAUCCACUUCAGCAAGUCAGUUUUCUCCAGCUGGCAUGUCAGCAACCACUGGCUACGGUGGUCAUUUAGGCAUGCAAGGACAGCCAGCGGGGUUUGGACAGUUUUCAGCCUUGCCAAAUGGAGGAUAUGGAAUGGCCUCUCCAGCAGGAAACUAUGCAGUCCAAGGAUCUUUCAUGAUGCCUGCACAGCCUGGAAGUGUGCAGCAAAUGGGCAGCUGGAGUCAGUUUGGGCCAGCACCAGUUUCACAGCCUGUGUCCAACCCUUUUAUGAGCGCCUCCAUGCAGCAGAAAGUCCUACCUCCCAGCAGCUCCACCAAUCCUUUUUUGUGA